AGUGGACAGAAGUUUUCCCUCCCAAGCAUCUUGCGAAAUACUGGAUGAGAGAAGCGAGGCGGUAAAAACAGCAGCAGACAUGAAAUUCCAAGCUCUUUUCUUUCUUCUGCUCCUCACCUGCAUGUACCUGAGUGUGGCACAAGGCUCUUAUGGUAAUUGCUGCCUUGGCUAUGUCACCAGACUGCAAUCCCGAGCAAAGAGGAACAUCGAAAGCUACAGGAUGCAGGAAACAGACGGGGAUUGCAACCUCAGAGCUGUUGUGUUUAUGCUAAAGAAGAGGGCCAGGCAGACCAGACAGACAACUGUUUGUGCCAAUCCAAACAAAAAAUGGGUGCGGGAUCUGGUAAAGUUUGUGGACCAGAAAAUGACUGCUCGGAGUUAGACCACCAAAAGAAGAAAAAGGAAACAAAUGAGGCUGUCAGCAGUCAUCUAUCAACUUUAACCAGAUGGAUCAUGUUUCAGCACAUCUGCUCUUCCCUGUAGCUGAAUGUGAAUGUAAAGAAACACAGUUCACUUUUAGACAAACAGCAUGUUCACAAUGUUUUUAGCCAGUGUAGAGAAAAUCCAUAUAUAUGAGCCAGUGUUAUGUUACUGUUCGCUGCUCUGAUUUAUAGAGCCUGCUAAUAAUGAGCCACUACUUGGCAGCUUUCAAAUGUAUUUCUAGUCUGUUUGUGUGCAUGUGUAAAAGAGUGUGUGACAUAUGAAAGAAACAUCUUUGGAGACAGAAUGACUCUUUUUUUAUAUAAUGACAGAUUUCAUAUUUUUAUAUUCACACUGUGUAAUUGUUCUUUAUGCAUUUUUCCAUUUUAAAUAAAGGAGCAAAAUAAAUCA